AUGGCAGGAGAACACCCGCCAACUCUUCCUGAAGAGAUCACGUCUCCGACUGCGGCUCAUGCACAACCGUCGGUGACACAUGCUCAACCACCUCAGACACCUGUGGCUAUACCAUCAGCCCUACCGCCAAUAGUACAAUCAUCCUCCAACCCCGUUGAUUCGGUACGAAUCACAAUACUUGAAUGGAUGGUCAAUCAGUUGGCAGCCAACAUGGCUACCAAUAUGAAUGAACUUACGGCUCUACUCAGAGAUCAGAAUCAGGCUUCUUCAAGCUACACUCCGCCCCCGAAGAAUAGACAAACAAUGGAUUUGAACCCAGUGGUCGCUCUGACUCUUGUUUCAGAAAGUGAGGAGGCAUCCUUUGCGGUAAUGACGCACGUACCGGCGGUCUAUCCGGUCAGCGACCUUUUAUCUCCCCCGCCUGCUCCAACGGCUGUCCCAUUGCCACCUGCAGCCUUUUUAUCAGCAGACUCCGCUGUGCUGCCACCUACACUUUCUUCAACGAUGAAUGCUCCCGCUCCUGCUCACACUAUUGAGCCAUUUCCUUUCCAAACUUCAUAA